AUUGUCCUCAUUCUCGACUGAAAGUCCGCGCGAAGCUUGAAGCACGGCCUUGAAGUGAAGUACUGUUUGAAAAAAAAUAAUAUUCUUGAAAAUGCAGUGCACACAUUUGCUUACAACUUUUCUUUUAAUGGAGUGGAUCACUGCUCAGUGUAAUUGUUUGAAGCAAAAGCAUAUCUUUGAUUCUUGUAAGUUGGAAAAAAAUGAUGAUUCAAAUGAUGAAAUUUACAAGAUUAAAGGGUCUCAGUUUGGACUCUUCAAUAUAUUUAGUAGACUUCAAAUAGUCAUCAACUCAUCAAAAAAAACAGAAGUGAAUUUGAGAACAAGCAAAGAAGAUUUAGUUAAGGUUCUAAAGAUCCAACAGCCUGGCUUGCUGAGAAGAAUUUUUGGAAGGUUGAUUCAACUUAGUAAUGGUGUAAACACAUACGGAAAUACAACAAAACAGGAAUGUUCCCCUUUUAUCGAUCAAUACCUUGCCUUGUCAUCAGAUGAGGAAGAUAAUAGCGUAACUGUGAUUUGUGACUCCCAAACAUUUGAUCCAAAACUACUUGGAUUGUUUGCCAUUGGAGUUUUUCUGUUCUUCUUUGCUGAGCACUGUAGCAGAAACACGGCAUUUUACUAUGCUUCUGGUGUAACCAUUAGUGUUCUGAUGUCAUGGACUGUUAUUAUUAUUUUGCUGCUUAAGCUUCUACCGUAUAAGAAAUCAUUGCUUGUUAUGGUUGCAGCAAGUGGAGCUAGUUUUGGUUUAUACCUCACUCAAAGCUUUCUGAUGAAUCUACAUUUUUAUGCUACAUACCACUUAAAUUGGCUUCUUUGGUAUACUGCUGUUGUCAGUCUGUCAACACUGGCAUUCUUGUAUUACAAGGGACCACCAUCAAACGAGCGAUUCCUGAACUUGACAAAAUGGAUGAUGCAGUUUCUCGGACUUCUUCUGGUUUAUAAUAGUACAUGGGCUAAAGAAGUUGCCGUGACAGCCAUUCUUACAGUAAUAGUAGUACAUUUCAGUUUGGAAUACCUUGACGUGGCUCGUGCUAUACAUAACUGGAUACAACGUCUGUCACCUUACAACAGGCAUCGAGGACCCAAGAAAAAACGCUUUCUUACGGAGGAAGAAUUUCGCGAAGAGGCCGAGAAAGAAACUUCAAAGGCACUAGCAGAGUUGAGGGGAUAUUGCUCAAGUCCCGAAUGUAGCCCGUGGAGAGUUGUAUCCCGUUUGAAAGAUCCCAAAAGAUUUGCUAGUUUUAUGGAAACUGGCAGGAUGUUGAGUGACCAUGAAAUUGCUGAAUAUGACAACUAUGAACCAGAGGAAGGCGAAGAUUCCUGGAUAAGUAGUGACGACCCAGAUGUCAAACUUGAAGAAGUGGAGGAGGAAUCAGCUGAGGAUGGCCCACUGAUAUCUGACGAUUUUGAUGACAUUGACGAUAAAGCAGCCAGCGCUGAUUUCAACAUCUUCUAGUAAAUCCAUUGGAAAAACCCAAUUUAAAUAGCCCAUGAUUUCCUUAAGAAAACUCACUGAAGGUAUGUAAAAGUUACUUUUGAUCAAGUUGUCUGCGUUUGUCUGAAAACAAGCUUUAUCAAAUGAAAAAUUAUCAAAUUCCUACUCUGUUUAUAAACCAAAGACUUAAAGAUGGCGGCUCUAGCUACCAUGGCGUACCCCUGCCGUGCCCAUAAGACGCCAGUAAAUGGUAUCUGUAGAAACCUCGAAAUUCAAUAUAAUUUGCUUAUUUCUGGGAGUAGUUUCAUUGUAUUGAAUAUGCUACUGAAAGCCAGUAAAUCAUUGCGUUUAUGUUGGAAAAUGUUUCAAAUUUCAACAAUGUGGGAUAUUUCCUCGACAUAUCGUUUUUUGCAAAACUUUUAUCGGUGCUUCCAUGUAGAUUUGAUUCACUGAUUGACUCUACUUUUCACCGUUCAAUCACAACACGACCACAUUGCGAGUCUCUUAUCAGCUGUAUAUAGUUUUGUACAUGUUUGAUAGUCUUUAGAAUGAUAAAUAUCAUCAGCCAUCAAUAAAAAAUCAAUCAAUUAUGAAACUUCAUUUAUUGGGGUUAGUUAGUUGUUGAUGGUACGGAUUUUCGGUCGGAAAUUAUUGCCAAGCCUGAAGCUACGUAAAAUAACGAAUAAAGAUUUCUGCGGCUUUCGGUUCCUGAAAAGAUGUUCUGCGGGUAUCGGCCGAUAGAUCUAGCCAUUCCAUCAGGUGGCGAGCAGGUUCGUCCCAGGCCCUGCCCAUGACAUUAAGUAGCAAAGAUUUCUGAUUUGCUGUCUUAAUUGUACAUUAAUUGCUUAACAAUAGCUCGGUAGUAAUUCAAAAGCUUAUUGAAAAGAAAUCGUUGAAAAUUGGGAUCUAAUGAUGGCUAUUUGGGAGUAUAUCUUAUAUCUUUGGGUUUUCAGCAUUUGUAGUUUACAAAUCAACUUCAUUGGUUCUUGAUUGAUGAAUAAGUAAUUCUGUGCAACGCCUGGCUUUGCUAUUCACGAAUCUUAGGACUCGUAGAGUGAUUGUUAAGCAGUGGUUGCUGCGGUGCUGAGGUCUCAGUGUUAAUCUAUUCGACAACCUGCUUUCGGUUUCAAUUUGAAAUAACGCAUAUUGUCUUUGCAACCGUUUAUUUCUGUAUACGUUGUUUCACAAUCAGCAGACAAUUAAUCUUGUCUUUUACAAUCAUGGUAAGAACAGGCCUUAAAUGUGUUAGAUAACGUGAUAAAUGUGCUAAUUUUUUUCCAGCGUUAUCUAUCACCAAGCCUUUAAGCUGUUCCACCGUCCUUUUUUUCUAUCGAUAAUCGUUCAACUUCUGAAGCUUUGACAGGAAUAUAAGACGUUAAACACUGACUAGGAAAUUUGCUGCAGGAGAUCUUGCAGAUGUCUACUUUAAUGUCUGAAACGUUGCUAGUGGCCAAUGUGCCCUGAAAACCUAGUCUUUACUUUUUACGGUAAAGCUUUCAUGGCUCCAUGUUAAAUGUAACAAUCAAACCACAACUUACAUGUUAUAUACAUUAAGCAUAUCAUAAUGAUGGAUAUAAUUAAAACUUUCCAUAAAUCACGCAGUGAAUAUAUCAAGUAUUUAAAUUUUAUUAAGUUCUGUAAGCCGAAAGAUAUUUAAAAUACAUGCAAACUGAGAAAGACAUUCCAAUAAAGCAAAAACACUCCAUGGGAGGAAAUGGAAGUAUAUAUCUUCUAACUGUUCAGUCGAUAAAAAAGUGCGCUAUUAUAAAAAAUGUGCCUUGAUCUUAACUUGUGGGCUUUAGUCCAGUCAAACUGUAAUUGCAACAAAAUUUUUUUAAGUUGCAAUCGAAAGUCCAUCAGCAUGAUUAUUUUCUUGCAAAGAACUAGGAAGUAGUUUUAAAAAAAUAUUAAAGUAAACUAAAAAUCAACAUUGCUGCUGCCAAACGUGCGUUUUUAGUAUCUGGUUAUUCAUUCCUCAUUACCAGAUGGUGAAUCAGCCAAACGCAUCGGGUUUUUUGCAGCUAUUUCCGCGACAUUCUCCACAAGCAGUAGUACAGGCUAAGGGAGCUGUCAUGAAGUAUGGAACAGACCGGG